AUGAUAAGUUGUGCGACUCUCGAUGAAGAAAAAUUUAAAAAGUUUGGAACGCGUGUAUUUAGCCUUCAUCCACGUCACGGUUAUGCUGUAACAUCUGUAAAAAUAGUAAAAGGAGAUAAAGCUGGUAUUAUCGGUGAAUUUAGACUCAUACGAAUUCGCGAUCCAUAUGGUGAAGCAGCUGUGGAUCUCUAUCACGGUAAUAUCAAAUAUUUAUUUACCGAAGCUACUCUAAAAUCAAAACUAGAUACUCAAAUUAUUGGAGAAAGUUGGAUUCUGUAUGAUGAUUUUAUUAAAUAUUUUUCAUACAUUGACAUUUGUAAUUUGACACCCAAUCAAAUAAUUGGUCAUGUAUAUUCAAGUUCUGGAAAAAAAUUGGCGUUAUCAGCAAUCGAAGGAAAAUUUAUGGGAGCAGUUACCACGAAGCAAAAAGCAUCCAAUGAUUUUUUCACAGUUAAUCCACAGUAUCGUAUGGUAUUGAAAAAGUCAGACGGAGUUCUUAUUGGUGUGUCAUUAAAACGUAGACAUGAUUUACAAAGAGCUUUUAAUGUAAUAUAUUUUCGAAUAAUGUCAUUUGAUGAUAAAGAUACAUCUAAAUUACCGAAACCACUGUUAACUAGUUCUAUUGGAGCUCAUAGCUUUGGCAUAUUUACAUUUAAAGGACAAGUAGGUCAACGCAUUGAUUUGGAACCUGGUACGUACUACAUUAUUCCAUAUAUAAUCGAUUCAUUCAAGGGAGCAACUUUUUAUCUGCAAGUAUUAUCCAAACAACAAGAUAUUUUAGAAGUCUAUGAUCGAGACAUUCAUAUGCCACACAUCACCGAAAAGUUGAAAUAUUUAUUAACAAAAAAUACACAUCUACAUGAGGAUGAUCAUGUCAUUUUUUCACAAAUAGCAUCUGACCUGACGAUUAAUUUUAAAGGCUUAUAUAAUAUUUUGAAAAAUGACAAAUUGUCAUUGAAUGAAAAUUGUCAUGUGCCACAGGAACUUGAUGACACAGUUGUUUUAGAGCUGGAAUUAUUGGCAACAAAAAAAUUAGUGCCUCAAAGAAAAUUGUCUCAUUUAACAAUAGCAAAAACUCUAUUAAUUACUCAAGAAGUAUUUGAAAUUUAUGGAGAAAAAGAUUGUCCUGGAUAUAUAAAAAAUGUCUAUAUAUUAACUGUAUUGAAACGAAAUGGAUAUUUUAUCAACAUGAAUAUCUUCAAUGCUAUAUAUGCACUCUUUCCAAACCGCGAUAUAUUAAUUCAUUUUAAUGACUAUAUCUUGAUUGUAUUUGCUAUCAAAAAUAAAUUUGGAUCGUAUUGUGAAGAAUUUCAUGCGAAAUUAUGUAAAGACUUGGUAUUAAUGGUACAUGAUGAUACUACGACAUUUAACGAUUUUAAUGAGCCUCAAAUACAUGAAUUAAGAAUUAAUGAACAACAGUUUAAUGUUAUCAUUAAGUUCAUUAAAAACCUAAAAGAAAUAUUUCACAGCCACGCAUCUAAACCUUAUUUUUCUGUGGCAUUUGCAAAACUAAAAGAUCUUUUUGAUGCAUUUGAUUAUAAAUUAACAUAUAAUAUUAUUGCAACUAUAUUUCAAUCACAUGGAAAUGACGUUGAUAUUUUCUAUAAUCAAUUUGUACAAAAAAAUACAAAAAUAUACAUCAAGUGAAAAAGG